AUGUCUUCAAAAGAGUAUAAACCUAUGGCUGUUUAUGGUCAAAGGCAUUUUUAUAAAGUAGAAGACUUGGGUAAUGCUGUGAAAAGUGCGAUAUUUUACAUUAAUAAUCCAAAGAAAUCACUUGAUUGCACGAAUUUGAAGAAAGCAUUAUCAUCAUCAUACUCGUGUGAUAAUAAUUUGUCUGAUACGAAUAUUCUUAAAGUCGAUAUAAUGGAAAAAGAAAAAAAUCGCGCGAAGGUGAAAAUUGAUUUUUCUUUAGAUCAACAUCAUGCACAAUUUUAUCAACAUCUUCGCAAUCACGAUGAUUCACUAUUAAAAUUUUCACAAAAUGGUCUUGCAGAUUGGAUUCCUGGAGAUAUUAAUAGCGUAAAAGCCUACACAACAGACAGUGAUUUUUCUUUUGACACAAAGGCAACAACAUCUUCAUUUUCUAAAAAAAAUACACAACAAAUUAUUGGUCCCGAACAAAUACAAGCAAAAAUCAAAGAACUGACUGAAAAUUUUUCAUCGAAAUCAGUUGAAGAUAUCGAAAAGAUUUUUUGUGAUAUUUUCCCGAAUAGCAAUAUAAAGGUUUCGAUAAAAGAUGGAUUGAUGUUUGUUUUUGCUGUUUUCGUGACGUUAUUUGAAGCAAAGAAUGCAGAGUGGUUGACAAAUUUGUUUAAUAUUCUACUUAAAGUUGAAAAUCUGCCGCUAUUAAAAAGCACUUCGGGAAUCGAUCCUUGCCUUCAACUGAUCUUUAUUAUAAUUGGAGUACUGCAAUGGACAGCAUUCGAUCAACUUGCUCAAAGUGAUAAGGAAUUCGAUACAGUUCUCGGUGCCAAUAAACAAGACUGUCUUUCACAUGUUGAAAAGAUUGAGAAAGAUUUGGACGCUGUUUUCCUGUUGAUGCAAACUAAGCCUAUUUUCUUCAAGCAAAAGAAAUAUACAAAAAUUCAUGCUAGUCUCGAUCAACUUUUGAACUCUCUAAGGGAUUUUAUGGAAUUUUUAAAGGAUGUUUCCAUGAAACUUCACGAGCAUUUAAAAAAUCUCCAGAAACAGAAGGCUUGUUGGACGGCUGCUUAUGUUGCCGCAAUUUGUACUGCGGUGGGUUUAUUGGCUUAUGGAGCUAUGAACAUUGGACUUUUAUUUAAAAAGAAACUAUUAUUAGGUGGGGUCUUUGCCGCUGGAAAAUUAGCUUCAGAAAUUGAUUUACUUCGUGAAGGUUUGAAAGUAACGAUAGAUCGGCAGUCAAAAAUUUUAGACCAGAUAAAUAAUUUCCAUUUAAAUAUUCAAGAAAUGGAAACUAAACUAACAGGGAAAUCGCUGAAUCAAAUGAGUGGCAUGAAGGAGGAAAUGACAAUAUUAGCAAAAGAAUUUAAAAUAGCAUGUGGCAACAUCCGACAAGUAUUUGAAGGGAAAUCAAGAAAUUAG